UCAUUAUGUCCGUAACUAUUUCAUUUAUGUGACAAUCGUUUAUCUUUUAUAGUGAAAACAUCGUCGCUUGCCUUAAAAUCCGUUUUCUUUUACAAGUCAGGCUGAGUGUUGUAGGAGUUUUUGGUUACACAAUUAAAUUCUUCAAAGUUAAAACCAAUUGAAACAGAUGAGUUUCGGUUUAACAUUUCUUGACUGAGGAUGGAUCUUAACAGCGAUGCCGAAAUGUUUCGAGAAUGUAAUUGUGUGCUGUGUAGGCAAUUUUCCGACGUGGUGUACACAGCAAAUUCGUUGAAUAGACAGUCAAAGGUAAAUCUUACAUAUUGUGUUUGGUACCAGGGGAAAUUCUGUUUUCUUUGUUAGUGCGUUCUCUCCUCCUUGAGUUCUCGUCACUAACAAGUUACCGACGACUGUGGAUAGUUAAUAUUUUGAUCGGGUUUGGAUUGUUGUGUAUUGGCAUAUUGUUAACCUCUCAGUUUCUUAUCUAUAGAAACGUUUAAGGAAAUACGUGGCGUGAACUUUGUUAUAUUUCACUUGAUGCACGGCUAAUCAAGGAUUUUUACUUCCCUAAAUUUCAUUCUUUUAAUGUGUGUAGUCAGUUGAAAAAUCCUGCUUAAAAUGUUAAAAGCAGUAAUUUUGGUUGGUGGACCUUUGAAAGGGACUCGGUUCCGACCACUUUCUCUGGAUGUACCUAAACCGUUGUUCCCAGUGGCUGGGUUGCCAAUGAUACAACAUCACAUUGAAGCUUGCGUUAAAGUCCCUGAGCUGAAGGAAAUCAUCCUCCUUGGAUACUAUCCUACAGCCGACAUAGCUCAGUUUUUGUGCAGGAAAUGAAUACAGGAAUACAAAAUAAACAUCAGGUAUUUGCAAGAGUUUACAGCACUUGGGACAGCUGGUGGCAUGAUCCACUUUCGAGACCAGAUCCCGAGGUGUGGCAAUCCUGACGUGUUUUUCGUGCUGAAUGGUGAUGUAUGUGCCAACUUCCCACUGGUCGACAUGCUGCAGUUUCACCGCAGUCGGGGAGAGUCUGCCGUUAUCACAGUCAUGGCCACAGAGGCCACCAGACAACAGGCUUUGCACUACGGCUGUAUCGUACGGGAUAAACAGAACUCACAGAUAACUCACUAUGUAGAGAAACCAUCAACAUUCGUCUCUACCCUAUACAACUGCGGGGUGUAUGUCUGUUCCUUAGAGAUAUUCCAGAUCAUGAUGACGAUAUUCAAAACCGGGAAACAACAGGAAUAUUACAAUGAGAAUUCGACCAAUGGCAACAAGGAGUCUGGUUGCAUACAACUUGAGCAGGAGGUGUUGAGCCCUCUGGCCGGGACAGGGAGAGCCUUUGUUAUGCCUACAACCAACUGGUGGUCCCAGAUAAAAUCAGCAGGAUCUGCCAUCUAUGCCAACCCGCCACUACUUAGAAACUGUACAAGGCACCACCAACCGCAUCGGCUGGCCAAGGAUACAGAAGCCACUGUCAUUGGAGAUGUGUACAUUCAUCAUUCUGCCACAGUGCAUCCAACCUCAGUAGUAAGUAACAUUGGUGUUUGGGGGUGUAGUUCUAAAUCAAAUGUAAUAAUUGUAUAAUUGAACAGUGGUGUA